GGUAUGGGAGUCACAUUACUAAUUUAAACGGCUGCCAGGAGUUGUGGUAGUAGCGUCGCUGUCAGUGUAGGUAGUUACUAUACUCACUUCUACUGCUUCGUUUUGUCCAUGGCGGCUGCAGGCAGUGGAGAGGUGUAUCCGACCUUAUGGGGCUGCAGUCCUGCAUUAGAUCUUCAGAUGCAUUGUCUUCAGAAUACCAUUCAGCACUUAUCUACGUCUGAUGACAUCCCGGAACUGAAUAUUCUGCUAGUCGGGUGUGGGGAUGGCAGACAUCUUCUCAAAACGAUCUGUCAGGCCCGUCGCUGGCCCCAGCGAAGACUUAAUUUCUUCAUAAUCGAGAGUGACCUGGAGCUGCUGGCUCGACAAAUGUUGUUUUUGACUUUAGCGCUGGAAGAUCCAGAGCAAAUGGGUUUACAAGAGAAGUGUGAAAUGUUUCUUGAGCUUUUUGGGAACAGCCUAAUCCGUAGUAAGACAGUAUCUUACCUGCAGGAGAAGUGUGUACUGUUCAUUCGUUGCGUCACAGACCCUGAGUACCAGCAGAGUGUCCUCCCACUGCUGAAUUUGCAAUUUAUCAAGUUCAGAGAAAGGGAUGAGCUGGAAUGCAUCUUUAAAUUCUGGCAGACUUCGGAACACAAACUUUUCCCGAUUGAGCGAUAUUGGGAUGUGAAGAACAGGCAGAUUUUGGGCAAACGCUAUGACUCCAGGAAGGGAGCCUAUGACUGGGAUUUAACCAUGAAGCUGCAUGACAGGGGGGCAACGGCAAUUAAUGCCAUAGAUUAUAAUCGCUGGAGAGAGAAAGGAAUUGCAUUUAUGAUACGUGAAGGAAUCUAUGAUCUUCCUAAUAAAACCUUUUCUUCUCAUAUGACUGUGACACAUAAAAGCGGGAAGGUACGGGCUCGAGGUUACUGGGGAGACAUUACUACCAGUCCUUACAUAGCAUAUGGAAUAGAGACUGAAGAGAAGAGCAUGUUGAAAACGGCUAAUGGCGUGCCUACAAAGACAGCAGAAGAUGUAUCCCAGUACAAUAUCACAUCGAUGUUUCAUGAGUUGGUUACUGGACAGAAAUACACUUUGGCAACAACAAAAAAACAGGAGAAUGGACGAGACUGUGCCUUCUCCUCUGCUGGCUGUCACAGUGAAGCCACUAUACAAGAGGAGGAUGAGACUGCUGGAAAAACUGAUGGAAACACAGACUGUGAGAAUUCCAGUAAAACCCCAAGUUUUAUCAAGAUAGACAACCUGGAGAUUCACUUCCUGCCUCUCAGCUGGGUGAACAGCCUACAACAGAGGAGCAAGUUCCUUAAUCUUUUCAACAUUGUCUAUUUUUCCUGCAGUAUGGUUCAUUAUUUGAAUCCAGAAUACAAACUGAUCACUGCCAAGAAGUCGACUCUUAUUGUGGAACUCACAAAGUUUAUGGUGGAUCUUCAUGUGGACAAGGUAAAGAGCUAUGUCACCAUAGUAACCAAAGUUGCAAAAGAGGCAGGAUUUGCAGCCAAGGAAAACACUGAUUGGAAGAGAGAUCAUAUUGCUGCAUUUGAGCGUCUGGAUGACUGUGGAGAAGAGAAAAAUGGAAUCUGAAAAAUACAUUCAGAAUUGGCACGGUUUUUAUGUUGGGGUGUUUUUCCAGCCAGACCUCUCUGUUAAACAUUUGCAAUCCUAACCAAUCACAGCCAGCCACUUCAGAUUAAAAUGAAUUUUCUAAUCUAGCAGCAGGAUUUUGUCGACGGGUCUACUGCAGGUUUACUGUAUGCUAAUUGCAAACGAGUACUCUAAUUUCAGCAUAAGCAAUAGACCAGUGUCCGUUUUCUCACAGUUGUCUUUCUGUAAAGCCAAUUUUGUCUUUCAUAUUGUACGUGAUUGACUCCCCUUCCUCAAGGACACUAAUGCUGGAGUGUAUACGAUCUACUAUGGCCCCAAUAUGCUUCAAGGCGUGAGCCUGCUGUGAAAAGCUACAGACCACAUGCCUCUAUGAACGGUAGUCACGUGAUCAGCGGUCAGGAGACCGCCGGUCAGAAUACAGACACUGGAAUCCCACCCCCUUAAAGUCUCGACAGUCAGCAUGCCGACUAACAGGGGACUAUUCCCACUCGUCUGUGUCCACGACACCCGUAGAGUGGGAAUAUUACCUGUGCUCGCCACUGUGCUCCUCCCCCCCCCCCCCCCCUUCCUUUCCAGGAUCCCGGCGUCUGUAUGGUGACCGGUGGUCUCCUGACCGCCUGUCACGCAUACCCAACCCCAUUUGUCCAUUGAUUAUGAAAGUUUCAAAAAUAGUAUCAAUAUCAUAAUAUAUUUUGUAGGAUUCCGCUGGCAUGCCUGGUGGGAGCACAAUUUAAAAGAGAAAUGCCAGUAAUAUAUAUAAUUUUUUUUUAAAUGUGCAAAAUGAGUUUCAAUUUAACAAAUAUUACAGAUUAAGUUAUUGGAAAUUUGUUAUUGUUUGUGCUCAUGAGGUUUAUAGGCACCAAAAAAACCUGGAGAAGAUAAGUGCCAGUGUUGUGGAAAGCUAGAUUGUACCCCUCAUCCAGAUUAUGUUCAUUUAAAUAAAUAUAAUUGCAAGAAAAAUAUCCUACAAAAUAUAUUUUACUGUUGGCAUUGGAUUCCCCUUUUUACUAUAAAACAUUUUGUUAUGCUUUUGAGUUUAAUGUAAAGUCGAAAUCAAACUAAGUUUUUUUUUUUUUUUCUGAUUAGUGAUAUUACACUGUACAGAACAGUAAAUUUAUAUAUAGCAAGUGACUUAUGACCACAGUAGGAGCUGGCUCUAAUCUCCCUGUGACCUACACGGUGUCUCUACUAACCUGUUCAUUAACAUGCACUUAUUUAUAUUAUUUAUUCUCUUUGUGGAACUGGUUUCUUGUCGUUACAUAAUAAAAAUAUAAUUCAUAAUGAAAA